CAGACGGGCACUCGGGAGGCAGAAAUGACAAGAUCCUCACCACCGGUACCGCUCUCUCCGCAGCGAAUGCGCUGUUCCCAGGGCAGGAUCAGUUUGUCUGCCAUAAUUAAGCUCAAUGUUACUGUUGUUUCUUUUGGCUUAAUUCAUCACGCGUGGCAGAAAAAUACGAAUAACCUAUUUACGAGUUAGAAUUUCAUUGCAGUCUUGCGUUGGGCAAAGCGCGGGCGACGCGCCGGCUCGGGGUCCGCCUGGCGCCCCGGGCGGGGCUGAAGGGAAGAGCCGCCCGGUGAACGGGGCGGAGCCGCCGCGGUUCCUGCGGGGGGAUUCCCACGGGACGGGCCCCGCGGGCACGGCCGCGGUGCUGGGAGCCCGUGGGCCCGGGGCAGGCGCGGAGCGAGCCGGGCGGUGACCCCCGAGAACCGGGGGGAACCGGCAGGAACGGAGGGGAACGGGCGCGGGCGGCCCCAGGGCCUUCCCGCGGGGCACCGGCGGAGCCGGAACUUUCAGGCAGGCGGAACCGGAAGCGAGUAGCGACGGCUUCCGGGCGGGCGCGGGAGGAUGGAGACGAUCCUGGAGCAGCAGCGGCGGUACCAUGAGGAGCGGGAGCGGCUCAUGGACGUGAUGGUGAAGGAGAUGCUCACCAAGAAGUCCACGCUCCGCGACCAGAUCAACUCGGACCACCGGACCCGGGCCAUGCAGGACAGAUACAUGGAAGUGAGCGGCAACCUGAGGGACCUGUACGACGACAAGGACGGCUUACGGAAAGAAGAACUCAGCGCCAUUUCAGGGCCAAAUGAAUUCGCAGAAUUCUACAACAGACUGAAACAAAUUAAGGAAUUUCAUCGGAAGCAUCCAAAUGAGAUCUGUGUCCCGAUGUCCGUGGAGUUUGAGGAACUGUUGAAGGCCAGAGACAACCCAAGUGAAGAAGCUCAGAAUCUGGUGGAGUUCACCGAUGAGGAAGGGUACGGCCGAUACUUGGAUCUGCACGAUUGUUAUCUCAAGUACAUAAAUCUAAAAUCUUCAGAGAAACUGGAUUAUAUCACUUACUUAUCUACAUUUGACCAACUCUUUGAUAUUCCCAAGGAGAGAAAAAAUGCUGAAUAUAAAAGGUACCUUGAGAUGCUUCUCGAGUACCUGCAGGAAUACACAGAUCGAGUGAAACCAUUGUUGGACCAGAAUGAACUUUUUGGGAAAAUUCAGACUGAGUUUGAGAAGAAGUGGGAAAACGGGACGUUCCCUGGCUGGCCGAAAGAGACCAGCAGUGCCCUCACCCACGCUGGAGCCCACCUGGACCUCUCCGCCUUCUCCUCCUGGGAGGAAUUGGCCUCCCUGGGACUGGACAGAUUAAAAUCAGCUUUACUGGCCCUGGGACUAAAAUGUGGCGGGACUCUGGAAGAACGUGCUCAGAGACUGUUUAGCACUAAAGGCAAAUCCCUGGAAUCACUCGAUCCUUCCUUGUUUGCUAAGAACCCAAAGACAAAAGGAAGCAAGAGAGACACUGAAAGAAAUAAAGAUCUUGCGUUCCUGGAAGCUCAGAUUUAUGAGUACGUAGAAGUUCUUGGGGAACAGAGACACCUCACGCACGAGAACGUGCAGCGUAAGCAAGCACGGACAGGGGAAGAGCGGGAGGAGGAGGAGGAAGAGCAGAUCAGUGAAAGUGAGAGCGAGGACGAAGAAAAUGAAAUCAUUUAUAAUCCUAAAAACCUGCCUCUUGGUUGGGAUGGCAAGCCGAUCCCGUACUGGUUAUAUAAAUUACAUGGUUUAAACAUCAACUACAAUUGCGAGAUUUGUGGUAACUACACCUACCGAGGGCCCAAAGCCUUUCAGCGUCACUUUGCGGAGUGGCGACACGCUCACGGGAUGCGCUGCCUGGGCAUUCCCAACACCGCGCACUUUGCCAACGUCACGCAGAUUGAGGACGCCGUCUCCUUGUGGGCAAAGCUGAAACAACAGAAGGCUUCAGAGAGAUGGCAGCCCGAUACAGAGGAGGAGUACGAGGAUUCCAGUGGGAACGUGGUGAAUAAAAAGACCUAUGAAGACCUGAAACGCCAAGGGCUGCUGUAGCUUUUCCCAAGUGAAGGGUUUCACACCCGGAAAGCAAGUGGAGAUGUGUCAGCAGCUCUGACUCGUACUCAGUCUCUGGAUUUUCUAUGUGCAUGAAUAUAGGUUUCAAGGAUACUUUAUAGAGUCACUUUCUAGUAAGCCCCUUGUGAAAUGCAGACUUGUGACGUUAUUUUAUAUUAAAAAAAAAAAACAAACCUUGAAAAAUAAAUUGGUUUUAAUUUAGGAA